AAAAAAAAAAGAAAAGAAAAAAAAUGACGUUCUUUUUGGUAAUCAAAACAAACAUGGCGGCUUCCACGCAGGUUGUUCGACUGUUGCUUAAUUCAGCGAAACGUUCGUGUCCACUUGCUAGCAGUGGAUACCAGAGUGAAAGGUUGUACUGGACUUCGCAUAACCCGGCAGUCACACGCAGAUGGCCACAGACAUCAUCUUGGUAUAUUCCUGAAAGGACCAUGUUUGUGCAGACGCAAGACACACCCAAUCCGAACAGCCUCAAGUUUCUCCCUGGUUGUAAAGUUCUUGAAUCAGGAACUAUGAAUUUUGCUGGCCCUCGUGAUGCAUACUGUUCACCCCUCGCCAGACAGUUAUUCCGGGUUGAUGGGGUCAAGAGUGUUUUUCUGGGCCCCGACUUUAUUACUAUAUCAAAGUCUGGUGCAGACAUAGAAUGGAAGGUAAUCAAGCCUGAUGUAUUUGCUGUCAUUAUGGACUUUUUCUCCUCUGGACUCCCUGUUGUCAAUCAAGACCUUCAGCCGAGUGCAGAUACAGCGCCAUCAGGUGAUGAUGACGAAAUCGUUGCUAUGAUAAAAGAGCUACUGGAUACCCGAAUCAGGCCAACAGUACAGGAGGAUGGCGGGGAUGUUGUUUAUCGAGGCUUUGAGGAUGGUGUGGUCAAACUGAAGCUGCAGGGCUCCUGCACCAGUUGUCCCAGUUCCAUAAUUACUUUGAAGAACGGAAUCCAAAACAUGCUGCAGUUUUAUGUCCCUGAAGUUGAAUCAGUGGAACAGGUGAAGGAUGAGGACGAGGAGGCUGCUGAGGCCUAACUUAAAAUUGCCCUCCUUCCACCACUGCCUUCUUGUGCAGAACAGCGCUACGUUGAAAUGAGCAUCUUUCCAGCUGGUGUGCAGUACAUUUAUGGAAGAGAAUGAUUUCAGUAGUUUUAGACUUUUCUGGAGCUUUUUAUUGGUUGGGGGGGAUUUGACUGUAUUUCACAUUAAGAGGACAUGAAAGAUAGCCUUAUUCACUGUAUUAGUGGUAAGACAUGACUGGAGUCUGACCAUCAUUUGGGCAAUUAAAGUCCUGCCUGCUACACGGGCAGCAAAAACAGUUAUUUUCCCUCUUGCAGUUUUUAUAUUAAAAACGGCCCCAUGUUAUUUUUGAAGCUCAAAUGACAUUCAGACAGACAACGGUGCGGCGACGGCACAGCAGAACAAAGGCUUGCAGGAUGACUUAACGCUAAAUAAUUGUCUAGUUAUUCUAUUAAAUGGACAGUUUCAUGCUGG